AUGGCAGCCGAUCACGUUAUUGGUAGCAGGAGUAGAGAUGUUGGAUGGUACGAUAAACCGAUAACUUCAGUUGACGAAUCUGUUCGCGAACUCCUGGAAAAAUAUAGCAAUUACGCUCCUAAUGAGGUCGUAUCGUCCGUCAUUGAGAUGAGAGACAAGAUUUGGGAUGUUUUUCCAUGGCCAUGUGUUGGACAAUUCCGUUUCCUCGACUUGUCACUCAGCCGAAGCAAGUCAUACCAUCGCAUUCUCGACGCCAUCAAGGACGGCCAGCGAUUCCUCGACGUAGGCUGCUGCUUUGCUCAGGAUGUGCGCAAACUCGUGUAUGAUGGCGCACCUGCAGAAAAUCUCUAUGGAUUGGAGAUCCAGGCGGAGUUCAUCAGUCUGGCAUACCGGUUCUUUCGCGACGAAGCGAUACUAGCCCCGCAUCAUUUCAUAAUUGCAGAUCUUAUGGAUCGGGCAAAUCCUGAGGUCCAGCAGGUCGCCGGCACGUUUGGAAUUGUGCAUCUCGGUAUGAUUUUACAUACUUGGGAUCGGGCCGAUCAACUAAAGGCGUGUCAGCGAGUUGUUGAGCUGUUGCGGUCCGAGCCAGGCGUACUUGUUGUCGGACAAUGCGUUGGCCAUAUAGAUGGUGUUCAAUCGCCGGGGAGAGCAGGGAAGUUUAUUUUCAAACACAACGAAGAGACAUUCCGGGAGUUAUGGAAGGAGCUGGAGAAGCUCACCAAUACAAAGUGGGAAGUCCGGGCGCAAUUGGACCAAGGCUUAGGAAUCAAGGAGAAAAAUCGCCAAUGGGACGAUCCGAGAACGCGCCGCUUAAUCUUUGAGGUUGAGCGGCUGCCGGAUUCUUCGUGA